AUGGCUGACGAGAACCCUUCCGAAAGUGCCCAGCAUAUUCCAGUGGAUAUCGGCUUCGAUGAUGAUUCUGCUCUUGGUGACGACGACGGCGAUUCGGAGUUGGCCUCGCUGAGGAGCAGCAUUUACAAUUAUCGCUACGAGAAUGGAAGACGGUAUCACGCCUACCACGCCGGCUCCUACUGGGGCCCCAAUGACGAGCAGGCAAUGGAACAUCUUGACAUAGGGCACCAUCUGUACAAGUUACUGCUCGAUGGCGAAUUGUAUCAGGCUCCGAUCGGGCCCACUCCACAGCGUGUUCUAGAUGUUGGCACGGGCACGGGCAUAUGGGCAAUCGACUUUGCCGAUCAACAUCCAGAGUCUAUCGUGAUAGGGACGGACCUUUCCCCUAUCCAGCCAACCCUUGUUCCAGCAAACUUGUCUUUCGAGGUUGAGGACUGCUGCGAACAAUGGAUCUUUGCUCCAGAAGCCAGCUUCGACUUCAUUCAUGUCCGAGGUCUCUAUGGCAGCGUAGCCCGCUGGGAUUCGUUCUAUCAGGAAGUAUACAGGAACCUCAAGCCAGGGGGUUAUGUCGAACAAGUCGAACAGUCCGUAGUGCCGAAAUCCCAAGACGGGACCGUCGACGGUACAAUCUUCGAAGAAUGGGGCAAAGUGUCGCUGGAGGCUGGGGACGCAUUUGGUAAAAGCCUCCGCAUAUGCGACGAGUCGGCGCAGCACAUGCGCGACGCUGGCUUCGAAGACGUGACUGAACGCCGCUUCCAUGUACCUGUCGGCAGCUGGCCGAGAGACCAUCGCCUGAAAGAGCUCGGACGAGUCAAUCGGCUCCAAUGGGAAGAAGGCAUCGAAGCGUGGACGAUGAUGCUACUGACAAGCAUUCUUGGUUGGGCGCCAGCAGAAGUCCAAGUCUACCUGUCCCGAAUGAGAGCCGGCCUGCGCAACCCGAGAAUCCAUGCUUAUCAGGACGUGUACGAUUUUCGUCCCAAAAUUCUGAUAUUCAAGACGCUGCUGACAUACAAAGUAGCACUGUAG